AUGGCGGAAUCUAACCUCAAUCCGGAGCAUCAGCAACCGGGAACCGGCUUACCUGGCGGUCCACAGCACCCGGAAAUGCAGCAAAAUCAUCUGCCGAAUAGCAGCUCAUCUUCUACAGAAACCACCUACCAGCUCUUUCAGCAGCUUAUGCAGCAGCAGCAGUUAUUCAUGCAGCAGCAGCAACAACAGCUAAUGCAGCAGCAGCAAGAUUUCUUCCGGAGUGUCAUAUCAUCGAUCAAUGUUCAGGUCCCUCAAAACCAUGAAAUGAUUCUCGACUCGCUGGCGAACAACAUCAAAGAGUUUUGCUACGAUCCGGACGGAAACAUAACCUUCGCUACAUGGUAUGGUAGAUACGACGAUUUGUUCGAGCAAGACGCCGCACGGUUGGACGAUGAAGCGAAAGUCCGCUUGCUCAUGCGGAAACUAGGAUCAGCAGAACACGAACGUUACGUGAGUUACAUCUUGCCGAAAUCGCCAAAAGAAUACAAAUUCAGCGAUACAGUGGAAAAGCUGAAAACUCUUUUCGGCACUGCUGAGUCUGUCAUCAGUAAACGGUAUCGGUGUCUACAGGUAACCAAACAACCGACCGAUGAUUAUGUCACAGGGAGACGGCGAACGCGGCUGCUGACGAAAAUCGAAGAACGUGAUGACGUCACACUAGAGCAUCUUUCGGAAGAUUGUCAGCGAUUGUUGUGCCUGAAGCGGGACACGGCAAUGAUCGAGUCAUCAGUAUCAACGUCAUCAGUGAAUUUCAUCAAGCGAAAACAUCAGUUUUCAAAACGUCAACAUAAGCCACCAGUGGAGACAGACGGACCAAACAAGAGCAAAAAUAUUCCCUCUACACCCUGCUGGUACUGCGGGGGAAUGCACUUCGUUCGAGACUGCACUCAUCGGAGCCACAAAUGCAAGGAUUGCGGCAACAUCGGACAUCGCGAGGGAUAUUGUUUCUCUGCCAAGCGAAAUUUCAAGACCAGCCGAAACAGAAAGCACCCAGAAUCGUUAAAAACGAAAACCGUAAAUCUCCGUAUAAAUACCGUCGAUCAAAAGCGCCGUUUUGUUAAAAUUGUACUGAACGGUGUGAAGGUGCGUCUACAAUUGGACACGGGGUCUGACGUUAGCAUCGUAUCGAAACGCUUGUGGGAGAAAAUAGGUAAACCACCCACUGCACCAGUAAAUGAGCUAGCCUCAACAGCGUCAGGCGACCGAUUGCAGUUUUUGUUUAAGUUCAGCAGUCUAGUGUCUUUCAACUGUGAACAACAUCACUCAUGUACUGCAACAACGUCAGUGUUCCUGCUAUCACUUUGCAGUCACUCAAAGCGGCACCCGAGUGUAUUUAGAAACGAGUUAGGGUUGUGCACGAAAACAAAAGUGAAAUUGGAACGGAAACCAGAUGCAACUCCAGUUUUUCGUCCGAAACGUCCAGUGGCUUAUGUAGUACACAGCACGGUUGACAACGAACUUGACCGACUGGAACGAGCAAAAAUCAUCACACCGGUAGACUUUUCGGACUGGGCAGCACCCAUCGUCGUUGUCAGAAAAACGAACGGGUCCAUUCGCAUUUGCGGAGAUUACUCUACAGGGCUCAACAAUGCACUGCAACCGCACCAGUACCCGUUACCGCUACCGGAGGAGAUUUUCAACAAGUUGGCUAAUUGUACUGUAUUUAGCCGAAUCGACCUGUCGGAUGCGUUCCUGCAAGUAGAGGUGGACGAAAGUAGUCGUGAUUUACUAACCAUCAACACCCAUCGUGGACUCUACCGGUACAAUCGUCUGCCACCGGGAGUCAAAACAGCACCGGGAGCUUUCCAGCAACUUAUCGAUACAAUGCUGGCAGGUCUUCCUCAUACGUGUGGUUAUUUGGAUGACGUCGUCGUUGGUGGUGUCACUACUGAGACACACUGGGAAAACCUUCGCGCAGUGUUUCAAAGAAUCAGCGAGUUUGGAUUUACCAUCCGAGUGGAAAAGUGCAUCUUCGCUCAGUCUCAAAUCAAAUAUGUAGGUCAUCUGCUUGACCGCAAUGGCCUUCGCCCGGAUCCAGCAAAAGUUCAAGCCAUUAACGAAAUGGCACCGCCCACUGAUCUACUCAAAGCGGAUGCAAAAUUCAAGUGGACAGCAGAAUGCCAGGCGGCAUUCAUCAAAUUUAAGGAGUUGCUGAAAUAUGACCUACUGUUGACACACUACAACCCUGCACUUGAUAUAGUGGUGUCGGCAGAUGCGUCGUCUGUUGGUGUCGGUGCUACUUUGUCACACAAAUUUCCGGACGGCACUCUCAAAGUUGUAUACCACGCUUCCAGAGCAUUGACAGCGGCAGAGAAAAACUACAGUCAGUCCGAUCGUGAAGGACUUGCGAUAAUUUUUGCGGUGACCAAGUUUCAUAAAAUGCUGUGUGGUCGUCGCUUUCAUCUUCAGACAGAUCACGAGCCGUUGCUGAGAAUCUUCGGUUCAAGGAAAGGGAUUCCUGGUUACACAUCGAACCGUUUACAACGUUGGGCUCUUACGCUAUUGCUUUAUGAGUUCACCAUCGAGCACGUUCCGACAGCGAAAUUCGGCAAUGCUGACAUACUUUCCCGUCUGAUCAGCCAGCACGUCAGGCCUGAGGAAGAUUAUGUGAUUGCUUCGGUCUCUCUGGAAAAUGACUUAAGGUCAGCUACACAAGAUGCACUAACCGUUCUUCCUUUAAGUUUUAGGAUCGUACAACAGUCUACACAGUUCGAUCCUAUUACCAAGGCAGUUUAUCGUUACCUCCUUGAUGGGUGGCCUAAAACCGUUACCGAUGCAGAGCUCAAACGCUUUUAUGCUCGACGUGAAUCACUUACCACGGUACAAGGCUGCAUACUAUUCGGCGAUCGACUGGUUAUACCAUCGCCCCAUCGCAAGCGUAGUCUUCAUCAACUUCAUCGUGGCCACCCUGGAAUUCAGCGAAUGAAGGCGAUUGCCAGGUCUUAUGUUUAUUGGCCAACUCUCGACAGCGACAUUGUUGAUUUCGUCAAAUCCUGCCGUCAAUGUGCGAUGGCUGCGAAAACACCGCAGAAGUCAGCGCCGUUGCCAUGGCCUAAAUCAACAAAACCGUGGCAGCGCGUUCACCUUGAUUAUUAUUAUGGACCGAUCGACGGGGAAUACUACCUGGUUGUCGUAGACUCUUUUUCAAAAUGGCCUGAAAUUGUGCAGACGAGAAGUAUCACUACAGCCGCCACAGUGAAUAUCCUCAGAGAUCUGUUCGCUCGCUUGGGAAUGCCAGAGACACUGGUGAGUGAUAAUGGAUCCCAGUUCACCAGUGCAGAGUUUCAAUCGUACUGUACGAACAACGGCAUCGAGCAUCUUACAACAGCACCAUUCCACCCUCAAUCGAACGGUCAAGCCGAGCGAUUCGUGGAUACGUUUAAACGAUCGAUUAAAAAGAUUAAGGAGGGGAGAGCGACAAUGUUUGAUGCUCUCAGUACAUUUCUUCGAGUGAAAUUCAUCCCUUAA